GCACCAAUGGGAAAGUGGAACAACCCAACAGGUAGGCGUCCUCAAACUGCGUGCCUCGGCUCAGACAGGGAAACAAGUGGACCGAGCAGACACUGAGAUCUCCCUUAGGAAUGUGACCUGAGGCAGAGCUUCGCCCAGUGGUUUCCUAAUGAUAGAAAAAAGUUACUUCUGAGAGUAGACGAGCUGUGUUCCUAUCACGUUCGGGCUCUCUUGGCUGGGAAACACUACAGAGAACCGAAAGGUUUCUGAUUAAUUGAUUGGAAAAAUCCCAUUUGUCAUAUCAGAAGCGGGGGCUCAAUGUGGAUACAACGCUGAAGCUGUCAUAUUGUCUCCAUCACUGAACUUUGUUCCUCUGGGAUUAAAACAGAGGACACACUGAGACUCAUCUGAUCCCAAGAGGUCAGACUCUCUCUGACCCUGAUCUCCCUGCAGUAGGACAUGGAGGUCCUGCGGCGGUCCUCUGUAUUUGCUGCAGAUGUCCUGGAUGUGUUUGACCGAUCGUUGACUGAGAAGGAGCUGGUGUCCCAGUCUAAAGCCUUGUGCAGGGACUACAUACUGUCCAGACUCAACCAGAAUGGACUGGGAUGGUCCAAAACUGAACUCAACCUCUCUCUCUCAAAUGCAGCGCUCGCUGAGGUGUCUUUUGUGCUUCUCUGUCUUGGCGACGAGCUGGAGUGUAUACAGCCCUAUUUGUACAGGAACGUGGCACGGCAACUCAACAUCUCUGUUGCCAUGGAGAGUAUGGUUUCAGAUGCCUUCAUCGGCGUGGCAACAGAGAUCUUCUCAACAGGUAUAACAUGGGGUAAAGUGGUAUCGAUGUUCGCAGUAGCCGGAGCCCUGGCAGUCGAUUGUGUCAGACUGGGUCACGCAACCACGGUUCACAUCUUGGUGGACAGUCUGGGCCAGUUUGUCCGCAAGUUUCUGGUUCACUGGCUGAAAAGACGAGGAGGAUGGGUGGAGAUUACCAAAUGUGUGGUGAAGAAGGAUCUUGCCCCUGAGCACCACUGGCUGUCGUCUGCCAUCGAGUCCCUGAAGUACUUCCUCACUACUAUGUACGUCUACAUCAUGAAGGAACCAUGAAUCAGCACAGGAGUCAUCAUCAUUGAUUGAUAUGAGAUUUAAAUCUCAGACUUGUCAACAAUCGAUGGAGUGGAGAUGGUCGCCGAUAUCGGUCUGUCACUAAAUGGCCAUCAACAAAUGUUUCAUCAGCGUUGUGUUUGUGUUAUCUCGUUGUCGGAUACGUGAUUACCCUUCAGCCAAAGAGUAGUCACGGUGAUAUUUUAGAGCAAAAAAGGCAACGAAACAAGUUUGUGUCACUCCAUCUCUUCUACGUACUGCAGUGAACCAGGCUUCUCCAGUGUUGUAACUGUGAUGUGUGAUGGUGUUCAGGUUGAAUGUGAGGAUGUUUGCACUCCUGAGAUAAAUUGUUAGAUGCUUUGAUUUGACAUUUGUCUCAAAGUAUAUCUGAAGGAGUAAUGAAAGGUGAAAGCCAUGUUUGUAAUGAAAAUUGAUGCUCAGCUGGCUGGGUCCAGUGAGUUUUCGUGAGAGUCUGAUUUACGCUAUUGUACUUCACCAAAGCACAAGCAGUGCCUCUCCCCAAAUAUGAGUAAACUUUCUGCUGCGAUUUUAGACACCAGUGCCCAAGAAAUGUUUGCCAAAGAACUUAAAGACAGAAGAAUGGUAUGAACUGCAUCCACAUAUUUUGGUGAAAUUGAUUUCCUUUUUUAAACUGUGAAUAGUUUUAUUUAUGAUUUCAUUUUUUUCUUCUAGUUUGAUUAUGACUAUCAAUUGAAUCCACUGCAGUAUAAAGACAACGGCUCUUCAGGAUGAUUGUGUGGUAUGCUUGAUGGUCACUUUCACAGUGUUAAUUUAUAAAGGUGUGUCUGGAUGUUUUUUUUUUUUUUAUUAUAACCCCAUAAUAAACUUACAAAAAUCUUCA